AUGCAAGAUAAUUUUGUGUUUGGUGUGUUGAUAUUAGUGUCUUCUACAAGUUCUUUGCAGAAUAUCCUACACUCAAUCACUGGUGUUGUUUCAAAAAAUAAUUUCUCAUAUUAUACACUACAAAAUAGAGGAUAUAUUUCUAUUGUAUUGAAAUCUGAAGAGGGUGACGCUGAUUUAUACAUAUCUCAGCCUCAUAUUUCACAUCAUCCUACUUUUGAUCCAGAUACAUAUUGUCUUCAAUCUACUACAUGUGGAAUUGAUAUUCUUCAUAUACCUAAAUGGUUUAAACGGCCUAUAUACCUUGGUAUUUAUGGUCAUCCAUCUAAUGAAAUUGCCAGUUAUACUCUAGACAUAAUUCAAAAUUCAGAUCCUGGUGAAGAAUUUAACUUGAAUUUGUUUGAAUCUGAAGAAGAAAAUGAAACUCAAUCUAUAAAUAACGACAAAAACAAUGAUGUAAGGAAUUAA